AUGACCUCGGUCAAUUCGUCCCAAUCGGCGGUUCCAAUCCCGUCCUCGGCGGAUGAUGACCUUGGGAUAUGGCUUGAUCUUGAGAGUCUUUGCCAGGACUCCCUAUCAGACGGGGUCGGGAGAGACAAUACACCGCUGGACUGCUCCAUGACGUCGGAACCGGCUAGCGCAGCCCAACCUCGGUCCGGAAAACCCGCAAAGCAGAUUGAGUGCGCAGAAGGAUCUAUCAGCUCAACUUCAAAGCUCAAACGACAGGUCUCGGCACGAAACACAAGCCGCCCCGAGUAUUCCGUCAUAUGCUUUCCUUCCAAUCCGUCCCAGCCGGCCGGGAUCAAGAAGAAGAGGAGGGAUUUCGAUGAAAAGAGGCGGCUCGAGGUCGCACAAGUGCGCAGGAAUGGGGCCUGUUUCCGAUGCAAGAUGCGAAGAAUUUCGUGCGGUGUCGGAGAUCCUUGUAAAGGUUGCGAGAGGGCAGCUGGGGCUCUUGGGCCUCAACUUUGUAUCAGGGAGAAGCUGACCAAAAUGAGAUUCAGCUCUGGCGACCUUCACUACAUCGACUACACUGCUCGUCUACUGGAUCAGGAACUCAUUGCUGGAACUACUCAUCUUGGCCCGCCUCGUCAAGUCGCCAUCAGCAUGGACUAUCCAGACAACCCAGCACUCCACGUCGACGUGCAGGACUACUUUGGCAAUGAAACCCCGCCCUGGCUCUGUUGCUGGGUAGUGAUGAAUCAAGUUGAUGGCCAAAUCGAGUUUCAUCGAGAAGAGAGCGCCCGAUACGCUCUCCCUCAACUGCUUCCUGCCAAGACCCUCGUUGAUUGGGUCGAAAAGAUCGUGACCCAUCAAGACACUCGGAAUAUUGGAUUUCAGCAGGCGGUCGACGCCUUCAUCAUGAGAUAUUCCAAAUCGUCAACAUCUCUGCCAAUGCAUAAUUUGGUUCAAAGAGUCCAUGAGCUUAACUGCUUGACCAAAAUCAGAUUGGGGCUGGUCCUUUGUGUGGAUGAACACGGAAAGACGACCGCACCGUCAUGUGCCCUACACACCCAAUUUGGCCAAAUUUCCAAGGCGGCCUCCCAGCCCAUUGAGAAAUAUGUUCUGGGAGAACUAGAAAAACUAGUUUUCGGCGCCUCCGGGAUCGGACCAUCUAACGCCAUAGCUCUGUGGGCUAGUCUGUGGUGCUUGAUUCUCAUGUACCGGAAGUUGGUCCGGUCCUAUAUUGCUUUCCAGCAGUUUCCGUGCCACGUGCCCGAGGACUACAGUGGCUUUCCACAAUGCAAGCUGGAGGCUGGCACGCACUUCUACCACUACCUUGUCUCGAUAUACGCCGCCCUCUUCCGCGCUACCAGCCCGCUUUAUGCAGACCUCAGAGUGGCAGCCACUCGGAACCUGCUGAAUGAUGACGAAUCUCUAGUGCAAGCUUUUAUGAACCUUCGCACCGAGAGCUUCUACUUCCGUAAGUCUCAACUCAACCAACCCUCGAAAACCCCCCGCUCACCUGCCGCCAGAACGAGAGUCGCCUUGGAUGACGGCCCCAGAAGACCAGCUGCUUCGAAGAAUGAUUCUGGACCGCGAAGCCGAGCUCCAGUACAAACCUCCGCUGGACAAAUGAGUUGAAUCGUUGCCAUCCCCGUCGAGAUGGCGUCGUCUCAGAUGCUCGCCCUGUCUGGGCCGCCAGGUCCACCCCUGGCCACUUUCCCGGGAUUCCCAGCCCCAAUGACCACCCAAGCAACCGAGCUUCACCACAGAGAGUCCAUAGAACCAUUUUCUCAUCAUGGGACUUCCUUUUCGGUCACUUUCAGCACUUCUUCUCGUUCCUCAUACAGCGACAGUUGGCGUCACAUGACCGUUCUCGUGACCUAUUCGAGAGAAAUGU